AUGCAGGCUGCUGAGGGGCAGCAGCUUUUCGACCCUAUCUCAUUUGGGAAGGACCUCAUGAUAGGUGGGGUGGCAGCUGCUAUUUCCAAAACAACAGUCGCACCCAUUGAGCGGGUGAAGCUCCUGCUCCAGGUUCAGGCCUCAUCCAAGCAGAUCCGUGCCGACCAGCAAUACAAAGGCAUGAUAGACUGCAUUGUACGCAUUCCUCGGGAGCAAGGAUUUCUCAGUUACUGGCGUGGCAAUCUUGCCAAUGUGAUUCGAUAUUUCCCAACUCAAGCCCUAAACUUUGCCUUUAAGGACAAAUACAAGCAGAUUUUCAUGGCUGGAGUUGAUAAAGAUACACAGUUUAUGAGAUGGUUCAUUUCAAAUCUGGCUGCUGGUGGAGCAGCUGGGGCUACUUCACUGUGUGUAGUAUAUCCAUUAGACUUUGCACGAACUCGAUUGGGUGCUGACAUUGGCAAAGGUCCCUCUGAGAGACAAUUCUCAGGUCUAGCUGACUGUAUGGGUAAAAAUUGCUAGAAAGAUGGAAUUACUGGUCUAUACCAAGUAUUUAGCGUUUCAGUACAGGGAAUUAUUGUAUAUCGAGCAUCUUAUUUUGGAGGUUAUGACACCAUAAAAGGAAUGCUACCAAAUCCGAAAGAAACCCCAUUCCUUUUAUCUUUUGCAAUUGCUCAAGUGGUGACAGUAUUUUCUGGGAUACUCUCCUAUCCAUUUGACACUGUCAGAAGACGCAUGAUGAUGCAGGUAAGCAAUUCAUCCAAUGCCGAACGCCAAUAUAAAGGAACCAUUGACUGCUUUAUCAAGAUAUAUGGCCAGGAAGGAAUAAAAGCCUUUUGUGGGGCUUUUUCAAAUGUUCUUCGUGGGACAGGUGGUGCCUUGGUGCUAGUCCUUUAUGACAAAAUCAAGGAAUUUCUUCAUAUUGAUCCUACAGUAGGCCAAACAUCUGACUAA